AUGCCGAGUCCGACAAAAGAAGCGACCGCCCCUACCCACGGAUACACAUUCGCCCAUACCACCGAUCUCCUCCCGCCGCCUUCCCCUCGAACACAUCGUGCGCUGCGCAAACUUCAGUCGGCGCACAACCUGGGCUCGCGGGCCUCCGCCUCGAGCCAGCCUUCUCUUAUUACCCAGCAACGCCUACAACAGCAGCAGGUCCUCUCGACCCCCCACCGUGACCUCUCCCAUACCCACGGCUCCGCCGCCGCGACGCCCCCCUCCAUUAACACCUCCCCGGCUGCUUCUCACCAUGUUCGUCAGCGGGCCCGCGCCAACAGCGACGCGCCGCCCAUGGGCCAACACCUCAAUUCCACGCCUGCCAACAAGCGCAGCAUGAUGGGUAUCAACCCAAGGUACACCCACAUCUCGUUAGCACAGCUCAUUCGCGAGGGACCUCCUGAGGGUGACAUUCCCGAGGCCCUCGGGGCAGCUCGCCGCAAAGUCUUGAGCGAAGGCAUCAAGACAGACACAGACGGCAUGUCCCCGUUGCGCAUCUAUGCCUGGCUCAUCUUCCUCGACGCGCCCAUUCUCCCGACCGACGACUACCUCGGCCUUAUCCACCGCGGCGCUUCCCCCGCCUAUUCCAAGAUCCGCAACGACACCUUCCGCACUCUCACCACUGACCCUCUAUUCCGCCGUCGCGUCAGCGAAGCCAGUUUGAUCCGGCUUCUCAACGCCGUCGCCUGGAAGCUUCACGAUGCCCGCGAGGCACAGCGUCUUCGAGAUCGCCCUUCAAUCCAAGAAAGCGCCGUCGCAGCCUCGUCCUCCGCAUCCGCCUCGGGCUCCACGACCCGUCCUUCGACGUCGCACUCGCGGCCCUCGUCCCAAGGGGGCGGCUCGACCUCUUCUCCUGCCGCGAAACAUCGUGCCCGGGCUCUGACCCUCACCACCGAGGCCUCUUCCAACGACCCGGCCCUCGCCUCCGAACCGGGGACCUACGUCCAGGGCAUGAACGUCCUUGCGGCCCCAUUUCUCUAUGCCGCUCGUUCCGAAACCGAGGCCUUUGUCGCCUUCCACACUCUGUUGACACGCGAGUGCCCGGCCUACAUCCGCGGCGCCAUGGACGGAGUGCAUCGCGGCGUCGCCCUUGUCGACCGAGUCCUCGCCACUGUCGAUUCUCGCCUCAGCGGCUACCUCCUCUCGAAGGGUCUUUCCGCCGAGCUCUAUGCCUUUCCCAGCGUGCUCACCCUCUGUGCAUGCACGCCGCCGCUGCCCGAGGUGUUGCGUCUCUGGGAUUUCCUCUUUGCCUAUGGUCCCCAUCUCAACAUCUUGUGCAUUGUGGCGCAGCUCAUGGGUAUGCGCGACCAAUUGAUGAACUCACCCAACCCGAAUCGGCUGCUGAGGGCGUUCCCUUCGCUGCAGGCCGAUAAGGUCAUAGAACGAACACUAUGGAUCAUUGAGAGAAUACCCGACGUCAUCUAUGCGGUCAUUGUAACCCAUGCGCUCUAG